AUGAAGCAGAAGGAGCAAGGAAGUAAAGGUGAUGAAGCUUCGCAAGGUCAAGCGUUCAUCUCAAGGGACAAUCAGCGCAAAGGCCGACCAGUGAAGAAGUCCUGGCCGUGCCACAAUUGCGGAAAGAUUGGUCACUGGAUGGCGGAGUGCCCUUCGCGCAUCCAAGAAAACACGGAGAGACACCGGCCACAGCGCGCUCAAGACAGCGGCGACCGCCAUCGAUCGCAACGUGCAAACAUUACUCAAGAAGAAGACUCGGGCGACUACCUCUUCUCGAUCGGUGAAACGACAUCUGCGAAAUCAAGCGACAUCUGGCUGGUCGACUCCGGGGCGACGCAGCACAUGACGUGCUCCAAGAAGUUCAUGCGGAACUACAAGGUGUUUGACGCUGUGGAUGUCCAUCUCGCGGAUGAUGGAAUCGUCCAAGCAAUCGGCAGUGGGGACAUUGUCAUGUCGAUGAAGACACCCCAAGGGAUGAAUCAAGGUGUGCUCACAAACGUGUGGCACAUCCCAAAGUUAUCCAGAAACCUGUUCUCAGUCGGCCGCUUCACCAAGGAUGUGGGCCCAGUGACGUUCACAAAGGAUGGGUGCUAUGGAGAAGCGAAAGGGGCCAAGUGGAAAAUUAAUGCCCGUGAAGGUAAAGGACUGUUCAAGCUGCAAAUGACUCCAGUGGCGCCGGAACAAGCAAAUGCAGCCAAGUCGUCGGGAUGUCAAAGGGGCACCAAGUCGUACCUCUGGCACCUUCGGCUUGGCCACAUAGGUCAUGAUGGACUCAAUUGCAUCGUGACGAAGAACAUUGGAAUUGGCAUCGACAUACCUUCGAUGAAGAAGUGGGACGUGUGUGAAGGUUGUGCUCUGGGAAAACAGACUCGAAUGCGCUUCCAAUCGAACACUACAGCUCGCACCUCCAAAUUGCUCGAAGUGAUUCACAACGACGUAUGCGGACCGAUGUCGGUGGCAACAUUCAGUGGAAAGCGGUACUUCGUGACAUUCGUCGACGAGAAGUCAAGAUACUGUGUCGUGUAUCUGCUCAAGAGCAAAUCUGAAGUUGCGGCGAAGUUCAUGGAAUACGCUGCGAUGGCCGAAACGCAAACCGGAAAGCGCGUGAAGUACCUUUAA